GAUUAGGUUUUGCAUAUAGUGAAGCAGCAAAAACCCUAACCUCCAAAACCCCUCACACAUCCCUUUCGAUCUCCCUCAGAUCCAUCAUGGCGAGAGCCGUUGCAUCUUCCUUCUCACGUUUCUCUACACAUUUCACAAUGCGCCUUCUCUCCACCUCCACCACCACCACCACCACCACCGUCGCUGCCCUACUGCUCAAACCUACAUCCAUCACAUCGCGUCGUUUCGUUUUCCCUAUGUCCCAAGCCAUUCUCCAAUCACUUUCUCCGGCUGCUCGUUUCGGAGGAAUUCGUUGCCGAGUUAACCGCGCCGGCGACUCGACUUACUCACCACUCAACUCGGGAUCCUCCUCUUCAUCCUCCUUCAGCGACCGCCCUCCUACCGAAAUGGCACCACUCUUCCCUGGCUGCGACUACAACCAUUGGCUCAUCGUUAUGGAUAAGCCCGGCGGUGACGGUGCCUCUAAACAACAGAUGAUUGAUUGUUACGUUCAAACCCUCGCCAAAAUCCUCGGAAGUGAGGAGGAAGCUAAGAAGAAGAUUUACAAUGUAUCUUGUGAGAGGUACUUUGGAUUUGGCUGUGAGAUUGAUGAGGAGACUUCUAAUAAGUUGGAAGGUUUGCCUGGAGUUCUGUUUGUUCUCCCUGAUUCGUAUGUUGAUCCUGAGUACAAGGACUAUGGCGCUGAACUGUUUGUGAAUGGGGAGAUUGUCCAGAGACCACCUGAGAGACAGAGAAGGGUGGAGCCACAGCCACAAAGGCAUCAAGACAGACCAAGAUAUAACGAUAGAACAAGGUAUGUCCGGCGCAAGGAAAACAUGCGGUGAAGGGCCAGUUUUUAUUAAAGAGAGGGACCUGAUGUACAUAAUGUGGAAGUAGUGCACUAUAUUCAAACUUCUCAAGCCGUUCCUAUGAAGUUCUGGUUGGGGUUGUAACUGAAUAUGUUUGUAAUUGGACCUGUAUCAGGUGGAUUCCUCUUUGUUAUCAUGUUUUAUCAAGACUGGAAUCUUUGUCGUUGACAUAAAUCAAUUUAAACUCUUUAGAACACGAUAUAAUUGUGAGCAUGAAUAUUUACUUUAUGAUUGUUAGUGUUAUUGUUACCUACUA